AUACAUUCUAGGUAGGAAGAUACAUGUCUUAUGUCCAAGUUUUUUUUUUUUAAUGCUGUGCUAUAAUCCUGUUAACAGAGUUAUUUAGAAUUAUUUUCUGAAAGGCAGGCAUUCCUUUGGGGCUCAAUAUUUUUCAUGGAUAAAGGAAAACUGAAACAUAAAUGCCAAAAAAACUAAAAAAGUGCCCUCAGGUCCUGCCUGGAAUGGGAGAAUGCACUCAUUCUUACACAUCCCAGGGCCAGAUGGUUACCUCCCAUUUCUGAGAAGGUCAUGGUGCUGUGAAUUCACAGGCUGAAGUGAGUCCAAGUGUUACUCCUCUUGCCCUAAGGCCUCCAGAAGGAUGACCUUAUCUGACCUUUGAGCAAACAAUCCUGUGGAAACCGUACAGUCACCCUUGAGUUGUUUAUGUUUUCAAAAGCAACAUUCAACUAGGUAUGCUAUUGAAACAGUACCAACAGGAAAGCAGAGAUGUGUUGGCAGUUAUUCUAACUUCGCCCUCUUCCUGACUUUUCACUUAGUCAUACAAAUGUUUGUAUUUUAAAUGUUAUUUUGGGCCUUCAUAAUCCACAGCAUGGUGAGUGCAGACUUGGCUAGAUUGAGGCUCACUAUACCCUCUUGAUGACAUCCUGGCAAACGUUGUUUGUAGUGAUGAAUGGGAGAGCCAGUGAGCCCUCCAUAGAUGCCCAUUUGGACCAAGAAGAAUCUGUGAUUUCCUUUGUAUUUCAAAUGGCAGUUUUUGCCAGUAAGGAAGUGUGAGGGUGGAGUGGAACCAUGGAAAGUACCAGAAGGAAAGUGAACCCAGGUACCAAACGUCCCUUGUGGGCCUAUGCCCUGUUCCUGCUGCCGUCUGGGCUUGGGGCUGUGCAGAGUUGGAAAUAUUCACCCACUCAAUAGAGAAAUAUUAACGAAAGGUCUGUCAACACAUAUCUUUCCAGGUCACGGGGCCCAUGCAGCUCACCCUGCCUCCCCCCAGCCCCCUGCAUCUCCCCAGGAGACCUGAGUUCCUUGGGGCCAGGGCCAUUCAGCACUGAAGGAACGUUUGACUCUUGCCUUCCACAGUCUCAUGUCUGGGACUUCCGAACAUGUGGUUUCGCUGUGAGACUCUGGGCCACUCAGUUUGGGAAGAGACCAUAAACAAAGUGUGAAUUUCCCCUUCCCUCCACUGCAGGAACUGUUUGCAGUUUUCACAGCACCUCUACCAUUGACCCAGUUGUACCUCUUUGCUAAGCAGCCAGGCACCCCAAUAAUUCAGUGGUAGGGUCAGGAUUUGUGCCAGCUUCAUGUUUAGAAGAGACUGGAGGGCACAGGGACACCUCUGGCUUUUCACAUGAAACACUUAGCCACCCAGUGCACAGAGGGACACUGCUUGGAGGACACCUCGGUGAACUUGGGACACCCCCAGUGCCUGGAUUAUGGGCCCCCUUUCCGGCCCCUGCUGCACCUCGAGUUUUGCUCUGACUACGAGUCCUUCGGCUGCUGUGACCAGCGGAAGGACCGCCGCAUCGCUGCCCGGUACUGGGACAUCACGAACUACUUUGACCUGAAGGGGCACGAGCUGUGCGGAGGUUACGUUAAAGACAUCCUUUGCCAGGAGUGCUCGCCCUAUGCAGCCCACCUCUACGAGGCUGAGAACCCGCAGACACCCCUCCGGAACCUUCCCGGCCUCUGCUCUGACUACUGCUCAGAAUUCCAUUCCAACUGCCACUCUGCCAUCUCCCUGCUGACCAAUGACCGUCGCCUCCAGGAGUCCCACAGAGAGGAUGGCGCACACUUUUGCCACCUCCUCAACCUCCCCGACAAGGAUUACUGCUUCCCUAAUGUCCUGAGGAGUGACCAUCUCAACCGCAACCUGGGUGCGGUGGUCGACCGUCAGGGUUGCCUGCAGCUCUGCCUGACGGAGGUGGCCAACGGGCUAAGGAACCCUGUCUGCAUGGUCCAUGCUGGGGACGGCACCCAUCGCCUCUUUGUGGCCGAGCAGGUGGGGGUGGUGUGGGUCUAUCUGCCUGACGGGAGUCGCCUGGAACAACCCUUCCUGGAUCUCAAGAGCACUGUGUUGACCACCCCGUGGAUUGGGGAUGAGCGAGGCUUCUUGGGGUUGGCUUUUCACCCCAAAUUCCGCCGCAACCGCAAGUUCUAUAUUUAUUAUUCAUGCCUGGGCAAGGAGAAGGUGGAGAAGAUCCGGAUUAGUGAGAUGAGGGUUUUUCGGGCUGACCCCAACAAAGCCGACCCCAAAUCAGAGAGAGUCAUCUUGGAGGUAGAAGAACCAGCGUCAAAUCAUAAUGGUGGCCAACUUCUUUUUGGCCUGGAUGGCUACAUGUAUAUAUUCACUGGGGAUGGAGGACAGGCUGGGGAUCCAGAUGGCAAGUUUGGAAAUGCUCAGAACAAGAGUUCUCUGCUGGGAAAAGUGUUAAGGAUCGAUGUGAAUGGGGCAAGGUCAGAUGGCAAACGGUACCGCAUUCCCCACGACAAUCCGUUUGUUUCUGAGCCAGGGGCCCAUCCUGCUAUCUACGCCUACGGGAUCAGAAACAUGUGGCGCUGUGCUGUGGACCGAGGGGACCCCGUCACUCACCAGGGCCGAGGCCGGAUGUUCUGUGGCGAUGUGGGACAGAACAGGUUUGAAGAAGUUGACAUCAUUGUUAAAGGCGGGAACUACGGCUGGAGGGCGAAGGAGGGGUUUGAAUGUUACGACAAAAAACUUUGUCACAAUGCCUCUUUGGAUGACAUUCUGCCAAUCUAUGCUUAUGGCCACGCAGUGGGGAAGUCAGUCACUGGAGGAUAUGUCUACCGUGGGUGUGAAUCCCCAAACCUCAAUGGCCUCUACAUCUUUGGAGACUUCAUGAGUGGUCGACUUAUGGCUUUGCAGGAAGAUAGAAAAACCAAGAAAUGGAAGAAACAGGACAUUUGCCUGGGCAGCACGGAGUCCUGUGCCUUCCCAGGGCUGAUCAGCACUUACAGCAAGUUUAUCAUCUCUUUUGCUGAAGAUGAAGCAGGGGAGCUCUACUUCCUGGCCACCUCUUACCCAAGUGCCUACACACCACAUGGAUCUAUGUACAAAUUUGUUGACCCAUCAAGGCGAGCACCGCCAGGCAAAUGCAAAUACAAGCCAGUGCCGGUGAAAACCAAGAGCAGGCGGGUCCAGUUCAGACCACUUGCCAAGACGGUUUUGGACUUGCUGAAGGAGCAAUCCGAGACAGCUGCUAGAAAAUUACCCCACAGAACUUCAGCUUCCCGCCCCCACCAGGCCUCAUCUCGGAAAGGCUCCUCCAAGAAGCCGGCUGCUUCCACGAGCAGCAGGAAACUGUUUCAAGGGCCUGGUACAAAAAAGAGAGCCAGAGUGUGGGCUCCAGGGCCCCAGGGGGAGAGGAAGAAGAGCCUGAGACCCCAGAGAGGCAGGGGAAGCCCGUCAGCGCAGCGGAGAGCUGGCAGAAGCCUCCCCAGGCCUUUUCUGUCAAGGUGGCCGAGCAGCGGACAGGCAAGGGGAGGCCCACUCCGCCGCGCGGGAGCUGCUGCUGCUCAAUUUGGACCUUAGAUGCAUUGGAAGUUGGGCAUGGAGGUGGGGCUGGCGGGCAGAACUUGACUUGGGGCUGGUGUGGUUUUCCUCUCCAGGGAACCCUGCUGUCUGAAUGGACGCCCUUUGUCUGUGUGGAGCCCAAGGCCCUCGUUGCCAGUGCAUCUGGCUAAUUGUGUGCCCUAGUCCAUAAACCUGCUCGGAAUCCCACUCGAGGUCUCUAUCGUGUUUUGUAAAUGCCUACAACCCAAGGGAAUAAAUCAACGCUUACUCAAACACACACAUAUCCCUGGAUCCCCUGGAGGUUUGUCUGGCAUUAGGAUAUCUGGUGUGCCUCAUCAUUUGGCCUAAGGAGCACGUUUCACCCUCCUGCCUCAUCCCGGGUCUAAGAGGAGGCUUAUAGGGACAGGUUUCCAGGGAGAGCCCCUCUAAAAUCCUUUGUCCCAGAUUGUGAAGCCACUCACUGUA